UCAGCUGGCGCCAUGGACGUAAACACAAAAAUACUGGUUGUGGGUGAUGUGUGUGGCCGCUUCAAGCAGCUUUUCCAACGUGUUGAGUCCGUAAACAAAAAAGCCGGGCCCUUCGAAAUGUUGUGUUGCGUCGGAGACUUUUUUGGGGACGAUAAACAAAACGAGGAGCUUAUAGCGUACAGGAAUGGAUUUAAACAUAUUCCAGUACCUACUUAUAUACUUGGUCCCAAUAAGAAGGAGCAUGAGAAACACUAUUUGGACUUGAAUCACGGAGAAAUAUGCACAAAUUUAACAUAUCUGGGCAAAAGAGGAGUAUACACACUGAGCGGUGGCGUUAAAAUAGCUUACUUGAGUGGUGUGGAGUGUUCUGCAGGCACCAACGACGCUUAUCAAUUUACUAAAGCCGAUGUCCAAUCCGUACGCAAUUCCUGUUUGAUCUCUAAGAAUUGUGCUACUGACUACAGAGGUGUGGACGUUUUACUGACUUCCCAGUGGCCAUAUGGCAUGCAGGAAAAGGAAAACGAAAAGGCCUCCAAGCUAAUAUCUCAUCUUUGCCGCGAAAUCAAGCCACGUUAUCAUUUCUGUGCAAUUAAUAGUAUACACUAUGAGUGUCCACCGUUUCGAAUGCCCAAAGAUGAGACCACACAGUUCGAGCUUUGUACCCGCUUCAUCUCCUUAUCUGGGGUUGGCAAUACAACGAAAUCCAAAUAUAUUUAUGCGCUCAGCUUAAAGCCCGUCGAUAAGUCGCGAUUGCUUGACUUGGUGCAGAAAACAACUGACGAAGUACCCUGCCCGUUUAUAGGCCUUGAUUUGGGUGGUACCAUUAGCAAAAACGAAACUUCUGAGAGUCAUCAAUACUUUUUCGAUAUGGAUGCUGGCAAAAGACGGUCCGGCGAACAUGACAAAAAGUCUAAACGUGUAAAAAUAUGGACCGUUGAACAAGAGAGAUGUUGGUUCUGUUUAUCUUCGCCGGAUGUUGAAAAGCACCUGAUUAUUACGGUGGGAGAUCGAUUUUAUCUAGCAUUGGCUAAAGGCCCAAUUAACGACCAUCAUGUAAUGUUAAUGUCGACCGAACAUAUACCAUGCGUUGCCCGUCUUAGCCCCGAAGAUUGGGAUGAGUUGAACAAAUUUAAGACUGCUUUACGAAAAUUCUUUAAGUCAAUUGGUCAGGCGGUCUGCUUCACUGAACGGCAUUAUAAGUCACCCCACCUACAAAUCAAUGUCUUGGGUUUUGAGGAAGGCUACGCUUGGAAGAUAAAGCAUAGUUUCGAGGACAAAGCGGAGGAGUAUAAGUUGGAAUUUGAAACGAUGCCGGCACUGACUUCGCCGGAAAUGUUGCCAGAACUUGGACCUUAUUUUUUAGCAGAAUUGCCUGACGAGAGCACAUUAAUAACACGCAACAUGAAACAAUUUCCGCUGCAUUUUGCCAGAGAUGUUUUCUGUUCCGAGAACUUGUUGAACUGCGAUGAAAAAGUAAAUUGGCGAGAAUGCCAGCUGGAUAAAGACGAAGAGCUUGCACUUGUAAAAAGUUUUCGAAAGAAUUUUGCACCUUUUGAUUUUACAGAAGAUUAAUAGGAAAAAAAUCGAGCAUACCAUACGUACGAAAAUAAUAUGUAUUAAAAAUCUCUGUACUUUUUUUUAACACCAUUGAAAUAUAAACACCAUUGAAUUAGAA